CCCCCCUUUGUCCAGCUGGAAUGGGAAGUGGCCGCGGGCCCCUUCCAUUCCCUCCCCCAACCCGGCCACCUCCAGUCGCUGACCCUCAUUGCUGUGCUCCCCUCAGAGCUGGAGAGAUGGGACCCCCCCCUACAGUUGGCCCAAGGGGCAGAGCUGGGCAUCCCUCAAGCCCUGCUGCGCUCGGGCACGGGGGUGGGGUCUGGGGAAGCCAGCAGGCCCUCCCUCGCCUCCUCUGCCAGUGCCUUACAUCCUGGAGCGACACCCCCUCCCGGGUGCCUCCCAGCCCAAAGGGGGACCACGGUUUGCACUUUCAUCUUCCCCCGCCGAAGUGGGGCACAGCCGGGCAGGUGCAUCACAGCUGGGCCCCCACAAGGAAAGAAGGCCGGGCAACUGCAGUCCGUAUAAGCCUGGAUGGGGUUGGGGGCUUCUGGCUGGGGGAGGGUGGGGUCAGCGCCUGGGGGGUCCCCUGUGGCCAUGUGGGGGACCUCCCAUCUGCUAAACGUUUUCCGUUGAGCCGCUCCAAAAACACUAAGCUGGGGACACCGGGUGCCCCCCAACCCCGGCUCCCUGGCCCCAUCCCCACCCCCACCCCAGGAUGGCUAUCUUGGGUGGGGGGCCUGGGAGGGGGGAUCCCCUCCCAUCCCAUCCAUCUGAGUCCCAGCCGGCCUCCUCCAUGCCUGGCCCUGGGGAAGGCCUUCCCCACCAAGACUCCCCACCCCCUGGCCUGGGCCAAAGCCAUCGCCCUGGGCUGGGCCUCCGCCUCAUCUGCUCCCAGCCUGGCCCUCCUGGCCCUCUCCCGGUACCCCAGGCCUGGCCAGCCUCCUCCCACCUCCCCAGAAACUGGACUUUCCUCCCAAACCAGCCCAAGGGGCUUGGCAAACUCAACCAUAAGAGAAAGACCCUUCCCCACCAACCCCCCUCCCAUUGUCCAGAGGCAUUCAAGAACCCUUGGUCCGUCCGUCUGUCCCCAGGGCCCCCUCCACUGGGUGGCUGUUGGGGACCAAAGCAUGGGCCGCUCUCCGGGAGGGCAGGAGGGGGUGGGUCGUGCAGUUGGGGUAUCCGGAAGCUUCUCAGCCGGGAACCUUAGGGUGCGGGUAGGCGGGGUAGGGGAGGGGCACCUGGCGGCCCCCAGCUACCUAACUUUGCAUGGUGCUUAGUCGGGGAUUCCUGUGACCUGGCUCCUGAUGUCAGCUCGCGCGGCUGAUACUGCAUGGCAAAUUAUUCCUGGCUCUAUCUCCCUCCCCCAGCCCUCCCCCAGCCCUCUGACACUACCCCCUCCUCUUUAAAAAAAAGAAAAAAAGAUACAAAAAAAAAACCUUAAAAAAACUCCAUGUUUCCUAAUUUGCACGAAAUUUUCUACCACAUGAUGUGCCUUGCCUUCCGAAAAUAAGUAUUACCUUUAAACAAUAUCAGCGCACACAGAUAGCUGCAUGCACUGCUCGUGUAGUUAAAAAAAAAA